AUGAUAGCACCUGGUGAUAUAAGGCGAUUGCAGUUAGACUACAUCUUGGUAACACAGCGCUACCGAACGAGUGUAAAGAAUUCUUGCUCUUUCCCUGGAGCUGAUGUGGAUUCUGAUCACAAUUUGGUGUUAAUGAAGGUCCGCCUAAAGCUGAAGAAAAUGGAUAAAGCAAAACCAAUAUUGAAAUGGGAUAGGGAAAAACUGAAAAACAACACUAAAGAGUAUGCAUUAGCGACGAACACUGAGCUAACAGAUAACAUCCAAACAAAUUUCGGCGUUGAGAGCAGAUGGAACAGAUUGAAAAGCGAAAUGACAAAAGGAGCAGAAUCUACCGUAGGUAAAGUGAAACGGAAGAGAGCUAAGAAACCAUGGGUGACUGACGGAAUGCUAGAGAAGAUGGAUGAGAGGAGGAAAUGGAAAAACGUUAACACAGAUGAAAGGAAAAGUAAUUACAGAAAACUGAAUAACGAACUGAGAAGGGAAACUGAUAAGGCGAGAGAAGACUGGUUAGAAGAGGAAUGCAAGGAAAUUUAA